CAUUCUUGCCUCCUCAUCUUAGACCAUUGGCGCCUUUAAGCCUGCAGUUGGAGUCCUGAAGCACAGUACAUACAUUAGAAAUGUGGUGUGGCAACCAGAAUAAGGGCAAAGAAGCCUCCCUUCAUUUUUCUUAUCUGGCACAACAGCACUAGUAACUAGAAGUAGGAAAGUAAUGCUCAAUUCACGAAAAAGUUGAAGGGAUGAAAGACUGCUAGAACAGGCAGGUGCAAGGCUGAGUUCGUCUUUAAGGAGAUCAGCAUACCUGAGGAUCAGUCACUCAUGUAGCAGGGCUCUUUUCGAAUUGCUUCAGGUAUGAGCACAGGCAUCUUGAGACUUCUGCUCUGUGGCUUUCAACCUCAUCGUUUUUUUCUCUGAAGUGAUUCCUCAAAUCACAUAAAGCUAAGCACGCGAAGAAGAGAAGAAGAAAUACAGGCGUAUCAUCACCUGACAGAAAUCAGUGAGACCUCCCUGGCAGCCAGAGACAUGCACAGACCUGGUGAAGUCUGAGCAUGCAGAUAGGCUGUGCUUUGCCCACGCCCAAGUCAGACACUGUAUAGCUACAGAGAGUUACAGGAGCUCUGGAUCUCUGACUCCCUUCAAUAAAUCUUGACGAUGUUCCUUGCUAAAGCUUUGCUGAGCGGAGGAAGUGGCAGUGGUCGUGGAGGGAGCCUUGCACGUGGCCUUGGAGGUCUCCUAACAGGAGGUGGUGGACAUGGAGCGAAUAUUGGAGGACUCGUCGGAGGUCUUGUCAAUCUUAUAAGUGAAGCAGCAGCUCAGUAUAAUCCAGAGCCGCCUCCACCUCCUCGCAAUCAUUUUACAAAUGUGGAAGCUUAUGAGAGCGAGGAGAUCAGACAGUUUCGUCGCCUUUUUGCCCAGCUGGCUGGAGAUGAUAUGGAAGUGUGUGCCACAGAGCUGAGGGACAUCCUGAACAAAGUUGUUUCCAGACAUCAAGACUUGAAGACGGAUGGCUUCAGCUUGGACACGUGCCGUAGCAUGGUAGCCGUCAUGGACUGUGACACAAACGGCAAACUGGGCUUUGAAGAGUUUAAGUACCUGUGGAACAACAUCAAGAAGUGGCAGUGUGUGUACAAGCAGUAUGACACUGAUCAGUCGGGCACUCUUGGGAGAGCUCAGCUGCCGAACGCCUUGAAGGCUGCAGGGUUCCACCUGAAGGCAGAACUCCUCCAGGUCAUCGUGCGCAGAUACGCCGACGAGGACGGCAGCAUGGAUUUCAACAGCUUCAUCAGCUGCUUGGUGCGGCUGGACAGCAUGUUCCGCACCUUCAAGUCCCUGGACCGAGAUGGAAGUGGGCAGAUCAAGGUGACCAUUGAGGACUGGCUGCAGCUGACCAUGUAUUCCUGAAGGCAUAGCAGAGAAGAGCAAGCUUCGUCUGGAAGAUACACAGGGAAGGCUGCAAUCCUGUGCUGUAGAACUGCAGUCUUUUCCUUGUUCUAAGGCAGAUGGAGCCAGGGGUGCAUGUCUCAGCUUCAAGUGUUGUGAUUCCUCUUGUGCAUGCAUUAGUCUGCUUUUCUGAAGGGUUUGUGUAAGUUGUCGACUGGACAUAAGUCUGUCUCAGAAAACUAACUCCAGACUCUUAAAGUGAGGGAAUAUAUUGAAAGGACCAAAACUUUGCUAUUUCUUUACCUAAAGUGGCUUGUUUAUGAGUGUAACUAUUAUAUAAAAAGCUCCUGCAUUUAGUGUUGAUGUUGCUGUUCUGGUUUGUCAGCAGUCACUAAGCUUGAAUAAAAGUCUGUUUGCCUGAAGGCAAUCACUGGUAGAGUCAUGCAGUUAUUUCUAACAGGGGGAAGAACUUUGGAGUUGCAAUAACUGUAAUACCAGAGAAUUUACAUAACCAUUUAAUUUCCUUCCUACUUAUGCUUUUCAUGCUUGGCUGCUGAAGCAAAACCUAAGUUGUACUGUCACUUCUACCUGCUGGUCAGGGCAAAAUUGAAAACUUAUAUGAGGCUACUUUUGCAACAGUUUUCUCCUUCCUACAAUUCUAUGAACUACUCUUUUCUCUCUUUCCUUCAAGCUUUAGUAUAGUUAUAAUGCAAACAACUUAAAAAACUGCAUUUAUAUUUAGAGAAAUUUGCUGUAAUGAUGCAGUGACAUAGCAGACAGCUAGCCCAAAUCAAGCUCUGGCUAUCCAAGGUAAGUUUCAUCAGGGUGCAGCAUCCCACUCUGGCUUGUUAUGUAUUUCUGGCUAAGAUGUCAACUUUUGGGAAAAAAAAAAUGGGAAAGCAUGAACUGUCAAAGGUACAUUUCUUUGAAUUAAGGAUUACACAGUUGAUCAAAGCAGCUCUUGCACAAGGCAAAUUUCUCAGCAGGCGCUGCCGCUUUAAAUAAAAAUUGUCUGGGGUGACUCACUGAGAAACACCACACAAUACCUGCAGGGCAUCUGCAUGUUAAUGGGUAUGUGGUUUGGUUUUGUUUGGAAACUUCCUUAGCUUUGAUUUCUAAAUCUUGCAGUUACACUUAGCAAGCAGUAUUUUCCAGAUUGCUGAUAAGUCCUUCCCUGCUCUACUUAGGGAAGCCUUUUACUUGAAACUUAGGAGAAAAUAACUUAAAAUUUUUGCCCAGACUUUUUUUCCUCCUGCACUUUUUUUAAUAGCAAGCUGGGUGGGUAACAGAAAAAGCCCAAGCUGUGAUGAAAGAGGUCAGUUCCUUCCUGAUGGCAUUCACUCCACUCCCAGUUAUCCUGUGGAAAAGCACAUAGUGCCAUUUGGGCUCUGAGUAAUAGAAAAGUGUGCACAAGGUAAAGAGUGAUGCCUCCAGGUGAGCACCAUCCUACCAGGUUGGUUUCAGAAAUUUCCCUUUCUGACUAGUUAGAACUUGCAAGAAGCAAGAGGUGAUGGAAAUUUGGGAGUUACAGCAAUAGCCUCUUACAUGAUGAGCCUGGGUAUGAACACGAGAGGCGCAUCUGCAGUUCCUCCACAAA